AUGCUGAAGCAUAGUACCUACCCCAUCUACAAGCACGUCAUGCGGUCUUGGCUCUAUGGAGUCCUCAUGCUCAAUGCCAAUGAAACUCUUGGUAACAAUAUCGACCUCGAAGUUCACGCUGUCGCGACCCUGCUGCACGGUCUGGGCUGGGACACGACAGAAGAAUCGUCCAUUAUCAGCGCUGACCGUCGGUUCGAAGUAGACGGGGCUUUCGCGGCGCGUGAUUUUAUACAACAGCACCAAGAUGGAAGGUUUUGGCAUGAGAGGAGUGUUCAGCUUGUAUGGGAUGCGAUUGCACUUCACACAGAAAGGUCUAUAUCAUAUUUCAAGGAACUUGAUGUGCAGGUUGUAUCGAAGGGCAUCGCAAUGGACUUUUCGGGACCAGGCUAUGGUGUUUCGGGAGGAGACUAUGCUGCAAUUGCCAAAGCCUUUCCGAAAGGUGAUCUCGAAGACAGCGUCAAUGACACUAUCAUCUGGCUUUGUGAUACGAAGCCUCGGACGACAUAUGACACUUGGAUGCAGCCAUUUGGGGAGAGAUACGUUGACAAAUAUGACGCGAAGGGCAAACAGAGAAUUGAUUUGAUCUUCGAGAAUCUUACGACUGGAUAA